AUGUCUUUGAACUCUUCUAGCAAACCUCAUUCAGUUGGUAUUUUAGAACAAAUUUAAUUAACUCUAGGUAAUAAUUUAUUAGCAGAGAGGUAUAACUUAGUAUUCAAAAAUAGUACUGGGGGAAAAAAACUCACAUAGGAUGCUUUGUAUGUUUGUCAACUCCUCGCAAUACACCCAGAUGAUCUUAUGUCAAGGGAUUUUGAAUCGUUUGCAGAGAAAGGUCUAUCUGAAAAAAGAUAGCAACUUAGGUAUGAGCAUUUUGAGGAGAAGAGAUAGUUAAAGCUUAAGGCGAUUCAAAAUGUACUACUCAAAUGUUAGGGUAGAGGAGAUAACACUCAGGAGGGUUUUUAAGUGCAAGCUUUGAUAGAGGACAUAAAGAGGCAGCGGUCUGGGACUAAUCCCAGGAAUAAUCAAUCUCAAUACUCACCAUUUAAGACCUAGAAAAAUUACAAUAGCAGUGUGUUCUCGCUUGGUGAGAGCUAGUUUGACAAGUCCUAGCAACUUGAAUCAAAUGCAGCGAAAUAGAUGGAAAGAGUCAUGAAUAAACUAGAUAAAUGGAAUAAGAUGAAAGAGUUAUCAGAGAAAAAGCGACUGCAAAAUGAGGAUAGGGCGAAGAAAAUACUCUAAAAUGAGAAGAAAAAGUUUGAUAUGAUAGAAAAGAACUAAAAGGAGAGGAUAGAGGAUUUGAGAGCUAGACUUGUCUACAAAAGACAGAAGUGGGAAGGGAAAGUUAAUUAUGUCAUAGAUAUUGAAAAAAAAGAGGAGUAAAAGAAACUUAAUAGGACGAAGGAGUUAAUUAAUGACACACUUUAAUUCUUUGAAAAUAAGAUGAAAAAGGAGAGAUCAUUUUAUGAGAAGAUAAGUAAGCCUGACAUAAGCAACUUAUCUAUGAACAUAGGAAGUAAUUAGAUGAACUCUCAAAGAAAUCUAAACACCUCAAUAGACAAUGAAGAUUACUAUCCAGAGCAAGAGCUCUAAAGGCUUUAAGAUAAAUUGCGCAAAGCUGAAGAAAGACAGCAUUAAAAGCAGUAAAACAUAAGAAAUAGAGGGCAAAACCACUCUUUAUUAGUCUAAGAGCGCAAGACAAUACAAGAGGGCAAGAAUAAGCAACUCUAAGACGAAUUACUUUCCAAGUCUGUUAGGAAAGCUCUGAGGACUAAAUCUAAAUAAGAUUCAAGGAUUAAGGAGAUAAAUAGAGCGGCAUUAUAGCUGUCAAACAUUCAUAAAUAAAAAGAAGAAAAGUUAAGAAGGCAAUAAGAUGAUGAAAGAAGGCAGUUAUAAGAGUAGUUAAAAAUGCUAGAUAGAAAAUAAGAAAAUAAGGAGCUGAUUUUGAAAUAAAAACGGGAUAACUUACAAGACUAGAUAUCUGGUAAAAAGGAGAAGAGAAAGCUUUAGUUCCAAGACAAAGAGGAGAAUGAAAGGAGAAUGAAGAUGAUGCAGCUUGAAUAAAAACUUUUAAUAGUUGAAAAGCAUAAGGAAAAAGAAAAGAAGAUCAUUGAGAUGAAGAGCUAAUGGUUUAGCUAAACCUCUUAAGCCGCUCUCUGA